AUGUCCGCCGAGCAGGUGAGCAGCCUGUGCGAGCAGCUCGUGAAGGCGGUGACGGUGAUCAUGGACCCGGCCUCCACGCAGCGCUACCGCCUGGAGGCGCUCAAGUUCUGCGAGGAGUUCAAGGAGAAGUGCCCCAUCUGCGUGCCCUGCGGGCUCAAGCUGGCCGAGAAGACACAGUCGGCCAUCGUGCGGCACUUCGGCCUCCAGAUCCUGGAGCACGUGGUCAAGUUCCGCUGGAACAACAUGCCUCGCCUGGAGAAGGUUUACCUAAAGAAUAACGUCAUGAGCCUCAUCUCCAGUGGCACUCAAAGCAUCCUAGAGGAGGAAAGUCACAUUAAGGAUGUUCUGUCUCGCAUUGUGGUGGAGAUGAUCAAGCGUGAGUGGCCGCAGCACUGGCCUGAUAUGCUGAUGGAACUGGAUACCCUCUCCAAGCAAGGGGAAACGCAGACAGAGCUGGUGAUGUUCAUCCUGCUGCGCUUGGCGGAGGACGUGGUGACUUUUCAAACGCUGCCUACCCAGCGGCGACGAGAUAUCCAGCAAACACUCACCCAGAACAUGGAGAAGAUCUUCAACUUCCUCCUUACUGCCUUGCAGCAGAAUGUCAACAAAUACAGGCGCAUGAAGGCUGAUCUGGAUCAGGAGCCGAAGGCCCAGGCCAAUUGCCGUGUGGGGAUUGCAGCACUCAACACCUUGGCUGGCUACAUUGACUGGGUGGCCCUGAGCCACAUCACAGCAGACAACUGCAAGCUCCUUGAGAUGUUGUGUCUGCUCCUGAAUGAACCUGAGCUCCAAGUAGGAGCAGCUGAGUGUCUCCUGAUUGCUGUCAGCAGAAAAGGGAAGCUGGAGGAUCGGAAGCCCCUGAUGGUCCUGUUUGGAGACGUUGCCAUGCACUACAUUCUCUCCGCUGCCCAGACAGCAGAUGGGGAGGGCCUGGUGGAGAAGCACUACGUUUUCUUGAAGCGACUUUGCCAAGUGUUGUGUGCGCUGGGCAGCCAGCUCUGYGCGCUGCUGGGCUCAGAUUCUGAGGUGGAAACACCAGCCAACUUUGGAAAAUACCUCGACUCAUUUUUAGCCUUCACAACCCAUCCCAGCCAGUUCCUGCGCUCCUCCACGCAGAUCACCUGGGGAGCCCUCUUUCGGCACGACGUUCUCUCUCGGGACCCCUUGUUGCUGGCGACGAUUCCCAAGUAUCUUCGUGCCUCCAUGACCAACUUAGUGAAGGUGGGCUUUCCCUCCAAGUCGGAUAGCCCCAGCUGUGAGUACUCUCGCUUCGAUUUUGACAGCGAUGAGGACUUCAAUGCCUUCUUCAACUCUUUCCGAGCGCAGCAAGGGGAGGUGAUGCGGAUGGCCUGUCGCCUGGACCCCCGCACCGGCUUCCAGAUGGCAGGCGAGUGGCUCAAGUACCAGCUCGCGCUUCCCUUCGAUGCCGGAGCCAUGAACUCCAAGUCGGGCGAAGGGCUCUGCUCCAUCUUCUCUCCCUCCUUUGUUCAGUGGGAUGCCAUGACCUUCUUCUCGGAGAGCGUCAUCAGCCAGAUGUUUCGAACCCUGGAUAAAGACGCAAUCCCAGUGAAUGAUGGCAUAGACCUGCUGCAGCAAGUCCUCAGUUAUGAAACCAAGGAUCCCCUCAUCCUCUCCUGCGUGCUCACCAACAUCUCUGCCCUCUUCCCGUUCGUCACUUACCGCCCGGAAUACCUGCAGCAAGUCCUUUCCAAGCUGUUUGCUUCAGUUACCUUUGAAGUUAUAGAAGAAAGUAAGUUUGCUAUGUCUGUCCAGGCUCCUCGAACCCGAGCAGUGAAGAACGUGAGGAGACACGCGUGCUCCUCCAUCAUCAAGAUGUGCCGGGAUUACCCCCAGCUCGUCCUGCCAAACUUUGAUAUGUUGUACAACCACGUGAAGCAGCUGCUCUCCAAUGAGCUGCUUCUGACCCAGAUGGAGAAAUGUGCCCUUAUGGAGGCCCUGGUCCUCAUCAGCAACCAGUUCAAGGACUACGAGCGGCAGAAAGCUUUCCUGGAGGAGCUCAUGGCCCCUGUUGCCAACUUAUGGCUCUCCGCAGAGAUGCAGAGAGUCCUCUCGGAUCCUGAAGCCUUUAUCUCCUACGUGGGUGCAGAUAACAAAAUUUCUGAUCCAACCUUGGAAGAUGCUAGUGGCCUGAACCGUUCUAGAAUCAGCUUCUGCGUGUACACCAUCCUGGGGGUGGUGAAGCGCGCCCGCUGGCCCGCCGCCGCCGAAGAGGCGAAAGCCGGAGGCUUCCUGGUCGGCUACAUGCCCAGCGGCAGCCCCAUCUACCGCAACCCGUGCACGGAGCAGGUCCUCAAGCUUCUUGACAACCUCCUUGCCCUCAUAAGGACUCACAACGAUCUUUACACACCACAGAUGGUGGCUAAGAUGGGAGAAACGUUUGCAAAGGCCUUAGACAUGCUGGAAGUGGAGAAGAAUGCCAUACUAGGUCUCCCGCAGCCUCUGCUGGAGCUUUAUGAUGCUCCCGUUUACAAAACGGUCUUGGAAAGGAUGCAGGGCUUCUUCUGUACCCUCUACGACAACUGUUUCCACAUCCUGGGGAACGCAGGCCCCUCCAUGCAGCAGGAUUUCUAUACCGUGGAGGGUCUCGCCACGCAGCUCCUCAGCUCGGCUUUCGUCAACCUCAACAACAUUCCUGACUACAGGCUGCGUCCAAUGCUCCGUGUGUUUGUUAAACCCUUGGUCCUCUCCUGCCCCCCGGAAUACUAUGAAGCCCUUGUCUGCCCCAUGCUGGGACCGCUCUUCACGUAUCUGCACGUGAGGCUGUCUCAGAAGUGGCAAGUGAUCAACCAGAGAAGCCUGUUUAGUGAGGAUGAUGCUGCCGACGACAAUCCGGAGUCUCAGGAGAUGCUCGAGGAGCAGCUGGUCAGGCUGCUGACCCGCGAAGUCAUGGAUCUCAUCACUGUUUGCUGUGUUUCUAAGAAAGGCGUUGAGCAAAACACGGCUGCCACUCUAGAUGGAGACGAUGACGAGGUGAUGGCCACAGACGUGACUCCUCCGGCCAGCGCAGAGCUCACUGAGCUCGGCAAGUGCCUGAUGAAGCAGGAGGAUGUUUGCACUGCCAUGUUAAUCACUGCCUACACGUCCCUCUCCUGGAAGGAUACCCUGUCGUGCCAAAGAACCACCACGCAGCUCUGCUGGCCGCUGCUCAAGCAGGUGCUCGCCGGAAACCUGCUACCCGAUGCCGUGUCCUGGUUCUUCACAAGCGUGCUCAGGGGGCUGCAGAUGCACGGGCAGCACGACGGCUGCAUGGCAGCUCUGGUCCACUUGGCCUUCCAGAUCUACGAGGCCUUGCGUCCUCGCUAYGCUGAGCUCAAGGUAGUGAUGGAGCAGAUCCCAGACCUCCAGAGGGAAUCUUUGGAGCAGUUUGAGUCAAAACUUCUCAACCCAACGUUGCAGAAAGUGGCAGACAAGCGCCGGAAGGAUCACUUCAAGCGCCUCAUCGCGGGCUGCAUUGGGAAGUCCCUCGGGGAGCAGUUCCGGAAGGAAGUUCAUAUCCGGAACCUCCCAUCUCUCUUCAAAAAGGUGAAGCCAUCACUGGAGACAGACAUGCUAGAAAAUGAGGAUGGAGAGGGCCUCACUACGCUCUUUGAGCCCUGAUGCAGGGAUGCUGCAACCAUCUCUUCCCCUUGUCUCUCCUCAUAGUAAGCACAUUAGGUUCUACCUGUCAUCUCCACAAGCAUUUACCUGAAUAAAGCCCCUUACAGGUCCUGCCCUCCCUACACGCGGAGGGUGCUGGGGUGCCACUGYAUCCAGUCCAUUAAGCUUUUCUGAUUCCUUCUCCUCCCCUCUGAGCGUUGGCCGCUCUCCAUCUCUGCUUCUCCGCAGGGGGAAAGCUGAGCCCACAGCCUCAGUCAGGUAAAGCCUGGCCAUGCUCUGGCCCCGGGUGUCUCCAGCUCCCCCUCUUCAGCCCGUGGUGGUGAGGAGUCAUGCAAAAGGCAGAAGAGCCCCUGUCUGCAAGGGGGGCUGCCCUAGUCCUGCUCAGGUCACCACGCUCUGCAGGGAGCACAUCAGACACUCCCGUUGUGUACUCGUCCCUAGUGGACUUGCUGCUGCUGCUUCCUUUUCCCCCAUGGACGCUGCGGGCCUGGGCUGGGUGCCCGCCAGCCUUUGCAGUCUUAAGGUGCAGCUUUUCUUUGCAGGGAGGCAGGCACUGUCCUCACAUACGUUCAUGGGUCUUGCUGUGCCCCAAGCCUGAGGGAAGGCUGUUGCUCCGUGCCAGGAGCAGGACAGCAGUAUUUUUCUCCGUGCCUGGUGGCACGGUGUGCUAAGUGUGCAGGUCAACAGAAUCUGGAGCAGGAGCUGCCACACCUGCGCCCCGAAGGGAUGAGGGUGGCCUGGUGCUGUGGAGGUGGCAGCAGCGUCUGUUUUCACCCGGUCUGCUACUUGUCAGAGGACUGCAGGGCCUGGCCGCAGGGAGGGAGGCAGGCAGGUUUCCUAAUGCAGGUCACAGGGGGAAGGCUGGCCAGAAACUGGGUUUUGGAGGAGGUGGGAACCUACAAACCACUCCAGGCCCCAGAACUGGUUAUUCUCACGCAGUAACUGAUUCACUCAAUCUACUACAACGCUAGCACAGGGGUACAGGAGCUGCAACGCUGUCCAGCUGGCAGUCCUGCCCUCCCCGAGACAGGGAAAGAAAGAAAUCAUGAGAGGGACAAAGGUGGUGUCCCUGCUCGGGUGGACUGGACAGAAAAGCUGGGCUUGAAGAGCGUGGAGGGGCUGAGGGCAAGAGCCGGCCUGGGGACCUGCCCUCACCCUGCUCUUCCAGCAGCCCUCGCACUUUCUCCUGGCCUCAAUUUUUUUAGACUCCUCAGCUAACAUAACUCCUGGCUUUAGCAAAGGCUGGGUGUAUUUAUUGUGUUGUGGCAUUUUUAACAUUCUGUGACUUCAUGCUAGACACAAGGGGUUUUUUAAAUGGUUUUUAGAACCUUUUUUGUAGGAAUGUUUAAAUCUGAAGCUGUCUCUGAACUGAUUGUGUUACACCUCUGAAUGUCAGUAAAGCUAUUCCAGUU